AUGAAAACCUCACUAGAUAUUAAAACUAAGAUAAACAUGUGUGGUGUUCAAAACCACAUUUCUAAGAUGGGAAGCUUUGGUGGUGAGAAGAUGCAUGUCUGCAUUUCAGGAGAAAAUAUGUCUUAUGCCCCUCCCAGGGACAAAGAAAUCCAGACAGGAAGUCAUAGUGAAAGGUAUCCAAAGAGGGCAAGACAUGUAAAGACAACUGAUGAUACUCAACAAGAAGAGACUGAAUGGCUGUCUUCACCAAGCCAACUCCAAUUCUCUUAUUUAGACGAUCACUUGAAAGACAAGAGUUCUGACAGCACCAGAUGA